UUGAACAACCUUUCCUUAUUGCUGUGAGAGAUAAUAUAAUUUAUGGAAUUUCUCUGAACCCUGAGGAGAAGACGAAUGAUGCUAUGGUUCCAAUAGCAGGAGUUGAAAAUGGUGUUGAUGUUGAUUUUGAUGAUUCCGAACAGAUGAUUUAUUGGGUUGAAAAUCCGGGUGAAAUUCACAGAGUGAAGUCAGAUGGAACCAACAGGACAGUUUUUGCUCCAGCAGCUGUUAUUGGUGCUCCUAUUGGUCUGGCAUUGGACUGGAUAUCUGCAAACCUGUAUUACAGUAACCCAGGGACACAGUCAAUUGAGGUCCUGAAGCUGCACGGUGACGUCAUGUACAGGAAGACUCUGAUUACCAAUGACGGUACCUCUCUGGGAGCUGGCACACCAAUUGGUUUGACAAUUGAUCCAGCAAGAGGGAAGCUGUACUGGACAGACCAGGGAACUGACAGUGGAGUUCAAGCAAAGAUUGCCAGUGCGAACAUGGAUGGAUCAGGCAUACAAACCCUCUUCACCGGCAACCUUGACCAUGUGGAGUUCAUUACCAUUGACAUUAAGGAACAAAAAUUGUACUGGGCUGUCACAAGCACUGGAGUGAUUGAGAAAGGCAAUGUGGAUGGUACAAAUCGUGUGACCCUGGUGGUUCAUCUUUCUCACCCAUGGGGAAUUGCUGUUUAUGAUACCUUUCUGUACUAUACUGAUCGAGAUUAUGAAGUUAUUGAACGAGUUGACAAGUCCACUGGAGCAAACAAAAUAGUGCUGAGAGAUAAUGUCCCAAGACUGAAGUGCCUACGUGUAUAUUACAGAGACAGUGAGUAUUUGCUAAGAGAUUCUGCUGGUUCCUCAAAUGGCUGCAGUAAUAAUAUGGGAGUUUGUCAGCAGCUCUGCCUUCCUGUACCUGGUGGAUUAUUCUCCUGUGCCUGUGCUACUGGCUUUCAGCUAAAUCCUGACAACAGAACUUGUUCCCCUUACAGUUCAUUUGUAGUUGUUUCUAUGCUUUCUGCAAUUAAGGGAUUUAGUUUAGAGACAUCUGAUCACUCCGAAGCCAUGGUACCACUGGCAGGAAGAGGACGAAAUGCACUUCAUGUGGAUGUUCACAUGCCCUCUGGUUUCAUUUACUGGUGUGACUUCAGUAGCACAAUUUCCUCUCAGAAUGCAAUACGUAAAAUUAAACCUGAUGGUUCUUAUUUUAGAAAUGUUGUAACAAAUGGAAUAGGACGAAAUGGGAUCCGUGGCAUUGCAAUUGACUGGGUAGCAGGAAAUCUUUAUUUUACAAAUGCAUUCCUGACAGAGACUUUUAUAGAAGUUUUGCGUUUAAACACAACUUACCGCCGUGUUCUGCUUAAAACUACCAUAGAUAUGCCAAGGCACAUAGUAGUUGACCCCAAAAACAGGUAUCUGUUCUGGGCAGAUUAUGGGCAGAAUCCGAAGAUUGAACGUGCCUUUCUUGACUGCACCAACAGAACAGUUCUUGUGUCUGAGGGCAUUGUCACACCUCGUGGGUUGGCCAUAGAUCACAGCAAUGGCUACAUUUACUGGGUGGAUGAUUCCUUAGAUAUGAUUGCAAGAAUUCAGCCUGAUGGUGGUGACGUUGAAAUUGUGCGUUAUGGCAGUCGCUAUCCAACUCCGUAUGGUAUCACCGUCUUUGGAAAUUCUAUGAUCUGGGUAGAUCGGAACCUGAAAAAGGUCUUCCAAGCCAGCAAGGAGCCUGGUAAUACUGAUCAGCCAACAGUAAUACGAGACAACAUUAAUUGGCUAAGAGAUGUUACCAUUUAUGACAGUCAGUUCCAGUCGCGUUCGCCCCUUGAUGUCAACAACAAUCCGUGUUUGGACAACAAUGGAGGCUGUUCUCAUCUGUGUUUUGCCCUGCCUGACACGCAGACCCCCCAAUGUGGUUGUGCCUUUGGAACACUGGGCAGCGAUGGAAAGAGAUGUUCCAUUUCAACUGAUGAUUACCUGAUUUUUGCUCUUGAGAAUGCCCUCAGAAGUAUCCACCUAGACCCUGAAAAUCACAGUCCUCCCUUCCGCACAGUCAACGUGUUAAGAACUGCAGUGGCGCUGGAUUUUGACAGCAUAAACAACCGAAUAUAUUUUACACAGAGUUAUCCUUCAGGAACAGGAAGAAUCAGUUAUGUUAGUAUUUCCUCAGGAAUUGGCUCUCCAACAGUAGUUGCGUCUGACCUGGGGACUCCCGAUGGCAUAGCCUUUGACUGGAUCAACAACAGAGUUUACUACAGCGACUACCUCAACCAGACAAUCAGCUCAAUGGCUGUGGAUGGAUCUAACCGCACAGUGAUUGCCCGAGUUCCACGACCAAGAGCCAUCGUAUUAGAUCCCUGCAGAGGGUAUAUGUACUGGACUGACUGGAGUUCAAAUGCAAAGAUAGAAAGAGCUACACUUGGAGGAAACUUCAGAACACCUAUUGUGAGCACCAAUUUGGUCUGGCCAAACGGACUUACCCUGGACUAUGAAGAACAGCAGCUAUACUGGGCUGAUGCAAAUCU